CGACGGACGCCAUAUCUCCCCUAUUUCCCUCUCUUCUCCACGGCCACGCCGCGUCGCCGGCCGAGCCCCGUUGCGGUCGCUGUGAGCCGCCUCCCCGCCCUGCCCCGUAGCCCGCCCCACACCCUAAGCUGCAGCAAAGAUGCCCGAGCGAGGCGGAGGGGAUCGAGGCGUGCGGUUCGCGGUGACUGGCGGGCAGAGCUUCCUUGGCGCCGCCCAAUGUCUGGAGCUGAUCCACCGCGGCGCCCUGGAGGUCUGCUCCCUCGACCUGCAGGAUUCCUCCUCCUGGUCCCAGCAGCUCCUCGACGUCGGCAUCCGCUUCUUCCAAGUUCCGUAUUGGUUCAUCUUGGUUCGAGCCAUAUAAGCCCGUGGAUCGACCCAGCGGUGCUGGAUCUGAAGCACCGGAUAGGGAGAUGCCCCUUCGUGUAUGCCUAGAUACCAAAGGCAGAGUAUUAUGACCUCUACCACGAGUUCGACGUGAAGAUGCUGCACCCGGUCAGGGAUGACCAGCUGCAGGUGUUCUCGGCGAGGUUCAACGAGGUCUUCCGCAAAUGCCAGUGCCCGGGCAAUAUCUGCUUCCUACAAGGCAUCUCAACGCAUAAUGGGAGGCUUUGUGUAGCGAUGAGGUUCUCCGAAGGAUCCAUUGGGGAUAGGAUGGCUCGGCUUAAAGGUGGAAGGCUCCCUUUGUCAGAUGUUUUAAGAUAUGGCGCCGAUUUGCCGCUUGGUGUGCUAGAACUACACUACAUGGGAAUAUUUGUUCAGAAUCUCCAGUCUUGUAAUUUUCUCCUUGAUGACAAUGACCAGGAAGCAUGGUUUCGUUUUAUCCCAUAUAUCAGUACAUAAGUAUGUUUAGCUUGGUGAUUUGUCUAUGGAAAUUGGUGUUUUUUAUCUA